AUGGAACAAGCGGUAAAGGAUAAUCACCCCCACAUAUCGAAGCUUGCAGUUCUCCAACGGAAGCCAGAGAAGGAAUAUGCUUUAGGGAUCCUAAGGGACAUUGCCAAAAGGGUUUCAUACCUUAUGCGGGAGGAGGGAUUAAAAGUCGCACAGCUGGUCGAGUUUUAUCCGAAAGAUAAGCGUUUAUUGGGUAUGAAUGUGAAUUACGGGGCUAAAAUCAUGCUCAGGUUGCGUGAUCCAUGGGAUGAGGCUAGGUUCCUUUCGAGGGAAGCGGUGCUAGGAACAAUGCUACACGAGCUGACGCAUAACGUUUUUGGUCCGCAUGACAGUAAAUUUUAUGCUAAGUUGGACGAGUUAAGAGGGAGGCAAUGGACAAUAGAACAGAAGGGACUAUUCGAUAGCUUUGUUGGGAAAGGUCGACGCUUGGGUUCGAGGCCAAGAAGCCAUGCACCGGCAAUGGGCAGGAGGCUAGGGUGCGGCCUUGGCGGGCUUCCUGUCGGCCGGAGUUCUCCUAGGGAAAUGGCGGCGCAGGCGGCAGAGAAGCGUGCUGCUGAUAAUAAGUGGUGCGGCGAUGCAGUAAGAGAUGUAGAUGCUGGUCCUGUUGGUAACGAUUUAGAGUUUAUUGUGAUCGAUGACGACGAAGAAGGGGCUACUUCGUUGGUUACCGCGCGCCAAGAGGACAUGGUAAACGGGCGGCCCAUUGUUAAAAAGGUUAUAGAGAUUAUAGAGAUACAAGACGAACAUGAAACCUGCGGCAAUGCUGCAGCAAGUACUGUAAUUGACCUAACGAAAUAA